UGUCCCUCCCCUGAGCCAGAGAGGCAGAUGGAUAGGGAGACGGGAGGUUCCAACCCAGCAGCAGCAGACCCGGGUGUGAUUGGAGUAGCCGGCUCUCUUACCGUCUCUGCCGGGGUGGGAAGAGAGCGAGAGUGAAGGGGCUGCGAAAUCGAUACUGGGGAUCUACUGAGAUCCUGUGUGAAACGGGGGGUUGGAAUCGGUCAUGGAAUUGAGGCGGCAUUGCACGUGACAAGCUUUAACUGGAUCUGAUAUAUGUUGGCGAAAGGAACAAAACGGAAAUUUAGUGAACAUGAAGAUGGGCUGGAAGGCAAAGUGUCCUGUGGGCAUGGUCCUUCCAAGGUGUCGUACACCUUACAGCGUCAAGCUAUCUUCAACAUUUCCCUCAUGAAACUUUAUCAGCAGCAGCCAUUAAUGGAGCCCAGCCUGAAGAAGACAGUAUUAAUUAACAACAUGUUGAGACGCAUUCAGGAAGAACUAAAGCGAGAAGGGAACUUGCGACCUGUGUUCAUUGCCCCCUCUCAGUCCAGUGACACGCUGAAUGAUAAUUACAGAGACGUCCAGCCUGCCUUCAAUCAUCUUGCUUCCCCUCCUGCCCAGGUGACUAGCACCACACCUCCAGACUUGUGCCUGACACCAGCCUCUGUUCUGGAGGAAGAUCCCUUUAGCAGCUGUCACACUGUCACACUGGGUCCCAGCAAGCCACAGAACCAUUUACAGAAAGACACUUUCUCUUCAGCCUUGGAUGAAAUUGAGGAGCUGUGCCCAUCAUCGACCACGACGGACUCAAAGAUCAGCAGAGAGCAGUCGAGUGAAGGUGGCAACGAGAAACCUGAAGAGGUACAAGAGAACAGACCGUCCGAGACCAGGUUCGCAGACCCUUUACCAGGCAACUUUGAAAUUACCACCACAAGCUUUUUAACAGACCUGACACUCGAUGACAUCCUGUUUGCAGACAUUGACACCUCUAUGUAUGACUUUGACCCCUGUGCAUCUGCUACAGGACCAAGUUCAAAAAUGACUGCUGUCACAGCAGAUGACAUUUUGAAAACCUUAUCUCCCUACAGUAGCCAAUCAGUGACUCCAAGUCAGCCUUUCAAAAUGGACCUUGCGGAGCUGGACCACAUUAUGGAGGUUCUAGUCGGGUCUUGAUAUGGCAGAGAAACAAAGGACUAGGAUUUUAUACAAUAUUUGCAGAUAACAUUCGAUUAUUAUUUUAAAAUGUGAUGGAAUCACUGCAAAUUCUGUGCAUGCCUCUAUAAAAUAACAAUUACACUAGAUAUUGUUUGUGUAGACUUGAGAAUGUUUUCAUCUGUGUGCCCUCUUGUAUGGUUUUAAAUGUUUUAUUAAUCAUCGCUUUGUUAUUCCAAGUAAUUGCUGUAAAUGAGGGUUAUGUUCGGAGAGCAGUCCUGACGUGUUGUGCAAUGUAUGCACUGAGCUCAAGGGGCACGUGACGAGUAUCACGUGACUUUCUUUCUAUUACAGUAAGCCAGACUGUGAAGGUCUCAAUAUUUUUCCAGUUGUCUUUAGUUCAGACAUACAUUUCAUUAUUAACUGACUGUGGCUCUUUUAGACUGUACUGUGUUUGUUUGUGUUUUAUUUUUGUACAGGAUUGGCAGUUGAUUGUAUCCUUUUCGGAAAUACUUUUUGAUACACCGGAGAUAGCUAUUUUGCUAGGACAUGCUCUCCCUGAACUCCACUAAGUUCAGGUGAACAAGAGUCACUUCUACUUUUUAUACUGAAAGAUAAGCUGAAUGUUAAUGUAGCAGCUGCAAGCAGAAUAUUCACGCAACUGGGAUCUGUAAGAGGAUCUAAGAUAAUAAGCAUACUAUUAAAGAAAAGAUGUGGGGUAAAGAAAGUGUAUCUUAAUGAACAGAACUUGUCAGGAAUAAUUGUCCCUUUCCCAGCAUGUUUGACUGAACCCUAAAUGCAUCACUUAGCACGUUACCUGUAUAUUCCUCAGAGAUGCUUCAAUGUCGUCAUCUUGUUCAAAGCUGUAUGAGUUGGAUCUACAGGUUCAGAAUUUGUUGGUCCCUGUCCUGUUGGUUAGAUUUGUUGAUACAGUCUAGGGUUUGUGUUUCUUGUCCUGGAAGUAGUGAGAGGAGCUUGGUGAUUGGCUGGACCAAUGGUAUAUUUCUUUAACUGAUGAGGUGGAAGAAUUGGAAAAAUGAACAGAGGGGAUGAAGAGGGGGAAGAAUUAGUGAGUGAUUUACUGUCAAACUAGAUACACGAAGAGAAAUUAAGAAAGGAAUGAAAGUUUAAUAUGAGAGUGUGGAAGAAAAGAGAAACCAAAAAAUAUUCACUCUAGACGUUUUAAAAAAAAUCUCCUUUAAACAACCUGAAGGGAUGGAUUUCCAAACUUGUUCACUUUCUGGGCUAGAUAGGUUGACUUGAAGUCUUCGAGCAAUCAUUCUUGUUGUGCAAAGGGUAAUUAUGUUGAUAAUUACUAGACCUAGUUUCCUGUGAGUUUAAGGAACAAUUAGUACAUAAAUAUAAUUGCUUGAUGAAAAUCACAGGGAGGUUGAAAGCAAAAUGUUGUUUCCAUGAAACUAAUGGAAUGGCACAAAGCUUUUGGCAACUUGGAUUUUAUGUGAAAUCUCAUCUUUGCCGUGAGUUGAUGACAUUGACACACUGUCCAUUUCUUAGUCAGUAAAAUCUGGGUGCCUCUUGCAUUAUUCUCUACUUAUUCCUGAUCAUUGAUUCUGGAGUAAGAGCUGUCUGCAUGCUUCUCACACUGCAACACAUCCAGUUUGCAUCUCAGUGACAUUCUGAUACCUAUGCAAGUGGGUGAAAUGAACAACGUAGAUGUCUUACAUUUUCUGACAAAACACAAGUGCAACAACCUGGUGCAGUGCUGAACAUUUUUAGGCAUUGGGGAGGGUGUGGGGGUUGUUAGGAUCAGACCAAACGGGUUUCCAGUUACUUGGUGGAACUGGGCGACACAGAUUUGGUCGUGCUUUUUACUUCCAAGCUGCCCUUCCUCACUGGAAUUGCACAGUGUGAGAGUGGGUAUGCCUUUAUAAAAAUAAACAUAUCUUUAUAAAUAGGGGUUUCAAAGCAUCUCAACUGCAGCUGCAUUUUCUCUGACUAAAAUGCAGCAAUACACUGUAGCUCUAAACGGGGCGGUGCUGGGAGUGGGGUUUUCAUUUUAAAAAUGUUCAAGAAACCAGCAGUAAAUUUCUUUUGUUUUUUAAAGGUUCUAUUCUAGCCUGAGGAAAGCACCUAACUCCUCUUCAACUUUACCAAUUAUUUUCUCCUUUUUGCUUUUUUUUUAAAAAAAAGCUUGUGUACAAUAUUCAGAAAAUGAUUACUAUCAGGGGUGCUUUCUGCACUUCACUGUUGGCUGUGAUUCUGUGGAUGCCUUUCUGCUGCAAUUCAGUGAACCUUUCCCGAGCCUCCACAUUGUUUCCAAUCGGAGUGGUGCUUCAUUUUGUAUUAUUCUCUAGCCAGGUUUCUGAAGAACAAUCUCACCUCCUUUUCCGCCUCCCAACCACCACCUCCCACUUUAGUUUUAAACAAUCAAAUUUCAGGCAAAAUAUGAGCUCGAUGCAUGACUUUUACACUGAGUGUAAUUACGCUUUCUACAACUUAUAUUUAUGCACAGACAAGCAUAUUUGGUAUUUCUUUUGUAGAUUGCUUUAAAGAUGAUUGGAAUGUACUAUGCCUAAUGCCAAAUUAUAUCAUUGCAUUCUAGAUUUUGUUAUUUUUUAAUGGUACCGUAGAAGUUGUGUGGAAACUACAACAUUGUAUUGUUGCAAUGCAUAUGGCUAAUUCAGGAGUCAAUCUUUUUAAAUUAAUUUAUUUAAGAAUGUUUGUUUAAAUUAUGUUUUGGUAUCCCAUGUUAUAUUAUCUGUUAAAAUUCUGCUCUUUGUCCUUGCAAUGAAAUUUGUUUGUUGCUGUAACUGUGACUAUCUUUGGGUUUUUAUGUUGAAAAUUUGAAACUUUUUAUAAACAAGAUGAAGGAACAGCCAAAUGGUUUCGCUUUACUUGGCCCAGUUUCAGACUCUUCCCCUCAAAAGCUAAGGUUUAGAAUGUGUGGGUUACCACCAGAAAUGGUUACUUGUAACAAUGUAAGGUGUCACCUUACAAGAGUUAAAGAAUUGGGCAAAUUCUCUUGACCAAUUGGAUAAAUUCUCUUGACCAAUUGGAUGAAUCUGAUAAAUUUAUUGAGCUUUGAAUUGAUCUGGAAUUAACCAAAAAAUGAUUCCUUCCUUGAGAUAUAUUCACUCUGCAGUUUAUACCUGUCUGAUUUUAAGAAUAUUAGGACUUCCAAAUUAACAUUUAGACUUAAUGCAAUGUUUUAAUGGGGAUUUUUAUUAAGCAUACUCAGAAGUGGCCAUUUCAAAAUGGUGUCAGUGUACAAAAGCUGUUUAAUGUAAAGUGUACAUUGUUUGGACAGAACAGGUACAGUAUAAACUCAAGGACCAUGCAGCAAUUUCUCAUUGGUUCCUGGAAGGUAACACCACCAAGAACAGUAGAACAAAAGCCUUUAGGUUGUGAAGUGAUAUCUCUCCUCAUACCUUAUUUAUUCUCUUUGUAAAUAUAUUUAUUUUUAUUGUGUAGCCAACAGAAUCUGUUAAAUGGAUUUGAUGUGUACAGAAUGUAUGUCUCGUAGGAAUGUAAAUUUCUAUGCUGAAUAGUGGAAGCCAUAAUCCGAGAGAUUGUUGUGUCCAAGUUGCCUUGAGGUUCCCUCAAGUGCUUCUGACUUUAGUCAAGGCAGCAACACCACAAUGUCCCGCCAACCUUGGAGCUGUGCCUUUUUCUAUGCAAUAUUUCAAAAUGGACAUCUGAAAGCAAGGUUACUGUAUUCACAGAAUUUCAAACUGUAAUUGACUCAAUGCAAUUGGACAAAUGUAGGUGGAGUUGAGCAGUCUUACUUUUGUAGUUUUCUAUUUGACAAUAAACUGUAAAAUCCA